UCUUCUAAACCCUUAUUCCACCAUAUAUAUAUAUAUGAACAUCUGGUUGCCUUUUCACUUCCUCUCCUUAUUGCGGCGACUACCAUUCGCAGGUCUCGAGCGCUUCGAACUAUCUACUCCAUUUCUCGAAAUCAGCGCUUUCUUCCAGCGACAAUGGUUCUGCAAAAUGAUAUUGACUUGUUGAACCCACCGGCGGAGCUUGAGAAGAGGAAGCACAAGCUUAAGCGUCUUGUACAAUCUCCCAACUCUUUCUUUAUGGAUGUUAAAUGCCAGGGAUGCUUCAAUAUAACCACUGUCUUUAGCCACUCCCAGACUGUUGUUGUGUGUGGUAACUGCCAGACAGUUUUGUGCCAACCUACAGGAGGUCGUGCUAGACUCACUGAGGGCUGCUCUUUCAGGAGAAAGGGUGACUAGAUAAAGUCCACAAGUAAGUUUAUUGUCAGAAAGAGUUCAUGAUGUAGCAAUGAGGGGAAAAUGCAGCGUCCAUUUGUCACGCAAAUUUCAAGUACGCUAUGUUUUAAAUAGUGAUUCAGAAUAUAAUCGAGUUAGUUGCAUUAGUUUCUGGUUUGAGUUGAUUUAAUUUUGACAAGAUUGUGAUGUUAUUGUAUUUUGAAUGCCAUUUGGUGUAGUAACCAUAGAAAUUUUGUUGACUUUCUUUCUCUCUUGUUUGCCUCUAAUAUGACUAUAUUAAUGAUGCUUUUUUGCCAACUCUUUCAAGGCAAUCUGCAUCCUGCAUUACCCCAA